GCGACGAAAGCCGGAAGAGGGAGGUGGUGGGAUUGUGCGCGAACCUCGGUGGUGGCAGGGAGGGCCUGCGAAGUUGUCAUGGCCGCUGCUACCGAGCUUAGUAGCCCGAGCAGCAGUGACAGAAGCUUGGAACAAAGCUGCAGCUCCAACCUCUCCCGGGAGGUGCUUUGCGAAAUCUUUCGGUCCCUGCACACCCUGGCCGAACAGCUUAACCUCAGAGAUGAUGUGGUGAAAAUUACAAUCGAUUGGAAUAAGCUCCAGAGCCUCUCAGCAUUCCAGCCUGCAUUGCUCUUUAGUGCACUUGAGCAACACGUUUUAUAUUUACAGCCUUUUCUAGCAAAACUUCAGCCUCUGAUUAAAGAGGAGACUAAAACUACUAUUGAAGAAACAGGAAAAACAGAAACGGGGAACAAGAAUGAAUUAAAUGCCACAUUUCCCAAUGGUGACCUACAAGAGGAAGAAAAGCACAAAGAUCAUGAUUUAGGAGAUGUGAAAAAAACACAGAUCCAUUUUGAUCCAGAAGUAGUUCAAAUAAAGGCUGGAAAAGCAGAAAUUGACAGACGAAUAUCUGCAUUCAUUGAAAGAAAGCAAGCUGAAAUCAAUGAAAACAACGUCAGAGAAUUUUGCAAUGUUAUUGAUUGUAAUCAAGAAAAUAGUUGUGCAAGAACUGAUGCUGUUUUUACCCCUUUCCCUGGAUUUAAAAGUCAUGUAAAAGUUUCUAGAGUUGUGAAUACAUAUGGACCACAGACUAGACCUGAAGGAAUUCAAGGGUCAGGUCAUAAACCUAACAGCCUGCUUCGAGAUUGUGGUAAUCAGGCAGUAGAAGAACGACUACAAAAUAUUGAGGCUCACUUACGGUUGCAAACAGGUGGUCCAGUGCCAAGAGAUAUUUAUCAGAGAAUUAAAAAACUUGAAGAUAAAAUCCUUGAAUUGGAAGGCACCUCUCCUGAAUAUUUUCAAUCUAUAAACUUUUCUGGAAAAAGAAGAAAAGUUCAGCCACCUCAACAGAACUAUUCACUGGCUGAACUUGAUGAGAAAAUUAGUGCCCUGAAACAAGCCCUGCUCAGAAAAUCAAGAGAAGCAGAAUCCAUGGCAAUUCACCACCUUCCAUGAAAAACUCCUCUUCUCCUUGUCAUUUUGCUUUUGUAUAUACACAUGUAACUUACACUGUAAUUAAACAGAUAUAUAUUUAUCAGUGUAGACUUGUGAAGUCAAGGUUUACUUUCACAUGAGUCCAGAGUUUUGAAAUAAUGAAUGCAUUGAAAAUAGCAUUGUUGGAAUUUAUUCCCUUCUGUUUUAAAGGAGGUACAAUGGAAAUUGAAAAACUUAAUUUGAA